AAGUCAAAUCUUCUCAGUCGAUUCACCCGAAACGAAUUUAACUUGGAGUCCAAGUCUACCAUCGGUGUCGAGUUUGCCACUCGAUCAAUUCAGACCGAAGGCAAGACCAUCAAAGCGCAAAUUUGGGAUACCGCUGGUCAGGAACGCUAUCGCGCUAUCACAUCAGCCUACUACCGCGGAGCGGUAGGCGCCCUUUUGGUCUACGACAUCUCCAAGAAGGGAACCUUUGAGAAUGUUGAGCGCUGGCUCAAGGAGCUCAAGGACCAUGCGGAUUCCAACAUCGUCAUCAUGCUCGUCGGAAACAAGUGUGACUUGAAGCAUCUUAGAGCUGUCACUACAGAAGAGGGCUCGGGCUUCUCAGAGGAGAAUGGCCUCAGUUUCAUUGAAACUUCGGCACUGGCUUCCACUAAUGUCGAGGACGCCUUCCGUACCAUUCUGUCGGAAAUUUACAAGCUUGGCUCAAAGAAGGCCCUCGACAAGGGCACCGGCGGUAACUUUGCGCCGAAGGGCACGCAGACCAUUGUCAUCAAUCCACCUGCAGAAGACCCCAAGGUGCAAAAGAGCAAGUGCUGUUGAGACUGCAUUGGCAACGUGUGUGCAUUUCUUUUCCCCGUUGUUCACGUUUUUUCGGUCGGUGAUUGCAUUCGACCGUCGAGGCAGCUUAAUGCUUGUGUACGUUCACUUCCAACGCCUUAAGGGUCUUCUGUAUCUCGCGGUAUCGCCCCGUCGCUCGCCUGCGCUUUUUUAAAUAGACCCUGUUUACCGAACCUGAGGGCUUUCAGGUGUAAUAAAUACAGACUAUCUCUCCUAA